GAAGCGCGCGCUGGUGUGACCUGGAAAGGGCUCCUCCGGGCCUUGCCCUCCUAGGGUCCGUCCGCCCCGUCAGACUCGGGCUCUUUCUGAGGUGGAUACCGGAGCGGGAGAGCCGGGGCCGACACGCCGGGAGCUGUAGGCCUCUCUGGGGGCUGUGCAGGUGUAUCAGCUCUUCUUUUCUGAAUUGAAAGAUGUCUUUGAAUCCACCUAUAUUUUUCAAAGAAGACAAAGAUAGUACAAAAGAAUUACAAAACACUUCUUUAACUAAAGAAGAACCUCUUCAAAAUUUAUGCUUAGCGUCUCAGGAAGUUCUCCAAAAAGCCCAGCAGAGUGGCAGAGCCAAAUGUCUCAAAUGUGGAGGCUCAAGAAUGUUCUACUGCUACACAUGUUAUGUUCCAGUUGAAACGGUCCCAAUUGAACAGAUUCCAGUUGUGAAGCUUCCAUUGAAGAUUGAUAUCAUUAAACAUCCUCAUGAGACAGAUGGCAAAAGUACUGCAGCACAUGCUAAACUCUUAGCACCUGAAGACGUGAAUCUUUAUACAUAUCCUUGCAUUCCAGAAUAUGAAGAAAGAAAGCAUGAAAUUGUACUUGUUUUUCCUGGUCCCAAUUCUGUCUCAGUAGAAGAUAUUUCUCUUCAUUUGCAUAAACACAUUCCAAGUAAUGCUUUGUAUAGUAACAAAAAUGACAGCCCUGACAAACUACCCAGUAAGCGCCAAAAAAUGGAAGUAGAAGAGAAUCGAGAUCCAGAGGACAGCAACAGGAGAGACAGCAACUUGCUGAAGAAAGUUGUAUUUAUAGAUAGUACCUGGAACCAGACCCACAAAAUAAUUACUGAUGAACGACUUCAAGGGUUGUUACAAGUUGAGUUGAAGACACGGAAAACUUGCUUUUGGCGCCAUCAAAAAGGAAAACCAGAUACCUUCCUUUCCACAAUUGAAGCUAUUUACUAUUUUUUGGUGGAUUACCACACUGCUGUUUUAAAAGAGAAGUACAAAGGACAAUAUGACAACCUUAUGUUUUUUUAUUCAUUUAUGUACCAAUUAAUUAAAAAAGCCAAGAGUUCUUCAGGAAAACAGCAAGAAAAUAGUGCUAUUAAUUUAUAAACAGAAUAAUUCAUUAAAUUUUGUUAUUGGUCAUGUUUGAUAAAUUUGUAAUGAACAUUGUGCUCUGUUUUUUACGAACUGAGAAAUCUAAACCUGUCUGUGCUUAGAAUAAUGAUUGCCAGACAAAUAAGCAUGGAGAAUA